CCUCUUGAGGAAGGGAGAGGAGGCUGGAAACGACUGGACUCCGUGGUCACUCCCGGGCCAUCGCUUGGCUCUCUGGCACUGAGUAUCCUUCGCUGUGAAACAGGGUUAAGGGCGUACUGUCUGUCACCGUGCUGUAGGGCCUUCUCAAGGAAGGCGGUUCCUAGGCUGCAGCGCCACUGUUGUGGGGGGCGGAGGGGGGGAAUGGUUCUUAUAUAUGGGGUCGCCGAAGUCCCUGUCUGCGUGGCCGGCUGAGUCCCUUUCAACCCCUCCAGUUACCCCAAGAUGUUCUAAAGUUUAAAGUCACACCUUCCCCUUUGCCAGGAAUGCCUGUGUCUUCUCUUUGGCCAAAUCUCGUAUUUUAUGACUCGGUACAGAUGUGAGUUAAAUUCCUUAUCCCAGCAUGCUGUGGGCCCGUGUUUGGACUGCCCUGACCCUGCUCUGGAAGUGGUCUGCAGAGUGUCUGUGUCCCCCGGCCUCAGAGCGCGUACAGCUCCUAUCCCUUGGUCCCCGGGCCUGCUCACAAAAUGCCCUACAGUUGCACAAAGUUAUAUGUACUCACGUGUUUCAGCACUCUUGGGGAUAUAAAGGGAAGGGGAGAGUUUACAUACUGUCUUCAUCCUGCAAAUGUUUGGGUGUUCUCUACAUGUCAGCCUUGGGACCUGGCAGUGGGCAGGACAGACCAGCCGCGGAGCAGACAAGAAAUGGACUUGCAGACUGGGUGAGAGACACACCAAGAUGAAGACAGCUACCAACAUUUACAUCUUUAACCUGGCCCUGGCAGAUACUUUGGUGCUGCUGACACUGCCCUUCCAGGGCACAGAUGUCCUCCUGGGCUUCUGGCCAUUUGGGAAUGCCCUGUGCAAGACAGUCAUUGCCAUCGACUAUUACAACAUGUUCACCAGCACCUUCACGCUGACUGCCAUGAGUGUGGACCGCUAUGUGGCCAUCUGCCACCCCAUCCGCGCCCUCGACGUCCGGACAUCCAGCAAGGCCCAGGCCGUCAACGUGGCCAUCUGGGCCCUGGCCUCCAUUGUCGGUGUUCCUGUUGCCAUCAUGGGCUCAGCACAGGUUGAGGAUGAAGAGAUCGAGUGUCUGGUGGAGAUCCCCACCCCACAGGAUUACUGGGGCCCCGUGUUUGCCAUCUGCAUCUUCCUCUUCUCCUUCAUCAUCCCCGUGCUCAUCAUCUCCAUCUGCUACAGCCUGAUGAUCCGGCGGCUUCGUGGCGUCCGCCUGCUCUCAGGUUCCCGGGAGAAGGACCGGAACCUGCGGCGCAUCACGCGACUGGUGCUGGUGGUGGUGGCAGUGUUCGUGGGCUGCUGGACGCCUGUCCAGGUCUUCGUGCUGGUCCAAGGGCUGGGUGUCCAGCCGGGUAGUGAGACCGCGGUGGCCAUCCUACGUUUCUGCACAGCCCUUGGCUAUGUCAACAGUGGCCUCAACCCUAUCCUUUAUGCCUUCCUGGAUGAGAACUUCAAAGCCUGCUUCCGCAAGUUCUGCUGUGCAUCAACCCUGCGACGGGAGAUGCAGGUGUCUGACCGCGUGCGCAGCAUUGCCAAGGACGUGGCUCUCGCCCACAAGACCUCCGAGACGGUGCCGCGGCCAGCAUGACUAGGCGUGGACCUGCCCAUGGUGCCUGUCAGCCCACAGAGCCCAUCCACACCCAACACAGAGCUCACACAGGUCACCGCUCUCUAGGCUGACGCACUGUUACUGUGCAUUACCAGCCUCCUUGGGUUGCCCUGUGGCCUCGGAGGAUCUGCUGCCAUCAUGGGACAGGUCAGAGCAGUACGGCCGCCCUCAAAGCCCUGGUCCUACUAGUGCAGGGCAGGGGGCGGAUGCAUGGACUCAACCAGUGAGACUGCCUGGCCAGAGGUGUGCUGGCAUUGUCAAGCCUCAUGGACCCUUCUGGUUUCUCCCUCAACAUCUUGCUGUGGAUGGACACACACCUGGAGGUGUAACUGCAGCUGUACAGACUCAUGUGCCCUCAUGCUGUGUGCUGUCUGCUAGGAGCCUUGCAGUGUCUCCUCUGGGCAGCCGGACAGGCAUGGGACUGCCUGGAGAGUCCAGCGGGCACCCCCAGGCAGUGGGACUUGUUCUGAGAGUGGAACUUCCUUCGGAGGUUUCUCAGCAAGCCUGCUGCCUCCAGAACACACGAACCAUUGCACUGCAGACAUGGCUGUUCAGGUGUGCACAGUGACCAGGAGGACCACAGCAGGCCUUUGUCAUUUGUGGAGCAGCCCCUGUGCCUGGUCUCAGCUGCAGGGAGUGGGGAUGGCUCUGCGGUGAUCUUUCUAGAGUGCCCGUUCCCCCCUCAGCCUCCCUCUCAGAUCCCUCGUUUCAGACUCCAUCUGAAGUCAACGGCAGAACCCUCUGCCCUGUCUGUUCUGGUGGCCUUGAAAGGACGGUAGUGGGCCAGGUUCUGCUCUGCAUCCCCAGUGACUGACCACUACUUAAUUUUCAGGCCUUCAGUUGUCUGGGGGUGGGGGGACCUUCCUGUUGUUACAACCUGUCUUAAGCAGUGCCCAGUCAGAGCACAGCUUCAUGUGCAGAGCUGGUAGGAGAGCUGGGGCUUGGAGGGCCCACCUGAGCAAGGCUGCAAGGACUAUCUGGGCCGAGGGGACCCUGCCCACUAUGGCCACCUAGAGAAGCACCCUUCUGGUCUGCAGAUGAAGCCCAUAGGUCGGUGACUUGGCAAAGGCUCUUCAUGCAGACUGGCUGCUGAAACACCUGCCAACUGAGCUACAGACCUGGCCAGGUGAACCCGAGGCAGAGAGGGGGAGGCGCUGACUCUGGACUGGCCUCUCCUGCUUUGGGGUCCUGGGCCCUGUGGGGUUGUUCCUGGGGAGGGUGGGCCUCUCUGUGCCGCCAGCAGCGGCAGGCUGGGAGGACCAGAGCCACUACAACUGUGGCAUUUUCUCGCCAGCGCUGAAAGAUGUGUCAGUCUAUGCCUGUGU